GCUAUUUUUCAUGAAAAAUUCAGUCAGGUGACGCAAAGCUACUGUGAGUAUUUCAGUAGAACAAUAAGCAAUUUUAAGUUGCGUUACAAAAUAAACAUGUUAAAUAUUCAGCUAAGUACCGCUUCUGGAAUAAAACAGAUUCUUACUACCAAUACUCCUUUGAAGAUUUAUGAACUACAUGAGCAAAUCGAAGGAUUAGCAGAAAACUUUUACAUCAUAUACAAUGGGAGACUCGUGGAUGAAAAUGUCACUUGUUAUGAUGGUUAUAUUUCUAUUAUACCGCGAUUGUUUGGCGGGAAAGGGGGAUUUGGUUCCAUGCUACGAGCAAUUGGAGCGCAAAUCGAAAAAACUACAAAUCGUGAAGCUUGUAGAGAUUUAAGUGGACGCAGACUUCGUGAUAUCAACGAAGAAAAAAGAUUAAAAGCUUGGAUCGAGAAACAAGGAAAACGAGAAGAAGAAGCAGCAGAACGUAAAAAGAAAAAAUUAGAAAGACUUUGCACUGAACCUAGACACGAAUUUAAAGAUCAAACUUACGAACGCGAAAGAUCGGUUCUAACAGAAAGAGUUGGAGAUGCAGUUGAAGAAGGUUUCAAAGUUGCUACUUCUGGAAUAAAACGAAAGUGUGACACAGAACUAAAACCAAAUAAAAAGAAAAUUUUGUUAGAUCUUGAUAUUGAUUCAGAUGAAUUAGAUAGUUCUGAUGAAGAUGACGAAGGUAAUAAAGAUUCUGAAGCAAAAGAUAAUAGAAAUAAUAAAUAGUAACAUAAGUAAGAAAACUAAAUAUGGCUGAAGAGCUUAUAAAUUAAAAUACGUUUUUAGUACUAUAAUUUAUUAAUAAGUGAUUUAAAUUAUUUAUAUAGAACUUCUCAUGUAUGCUAAAAUUAUUUGAUAUUUUCGUUCGAUAUGAUAAAGCAAUGUAAUUCUUAUAACGUUAGAUUAUAUGACCUGUUCAGAGGCUACAUUGAUAAACUCUGUAUAUAUUGGAAAAAUACUCAUGAUAUUACAAAUAUUGCUCUUUAAAUUGAUAUUAGAAUUUACCAUCAUGUACUGUCAUAUUCUUCUGAUAACUGAACUUAUGGAAAUAAGACAAUUGUUUCUUGCAAAUUGAAUUAUCAUAUACUUAUAUAUGUAAUUGAUCAUGUAUUUAGGUAAUGAAAUUAACAAAUUGUGGAGUUGAUCAAUUUGGCUGCUGAAAGGCUUAUUUAUUGACUGGAAUAUAGGAAUAAAAUUAAUUCGUAUACACAUAUUUUAAAUGUUAUAUUGUACAAAUAUAAGCUUAAUGUUUAAAAUGUAUAGAUAUAGGGUAACUUUGUUGACGUUUUUUAAAAACUCCUUUACUAUAGAUUAAAAUAUCCUCCAUGCAACUAAUUCGUUAGUCAGUUUUACUCCUAUUGCAAAUAAAGCUACUGAUGUAAUAAGCGACUUUAGAAAGUCAUUUACAAGUACUUUAUUGUAUUUGCAAUGUUGUAGCCAUUUAUAAAGAUUUUUUAUGUAUCUUGAUCCAAUUAAAUAUAGAUAAUUAUUUUCAGUA